CCCGCCCAGGUAGCCCUGCUGGACCGCAACUCCGAGGCCGGACGGGAGAGCAAGGCGGCCCUGGACGAGGAGUUCGAAGCGCAGAGGACGGUGUUCAUCCAGUGCGACGUUACGGACCAGGAGCAGCUGAAAGGUGCUUUCAAAAAAGUAAUUGAACAUUUUGGAAGGCUGGAUAUUGUGGUUAAUAAUGCUGGAGUGAACAAUGAGAAGGACUGGGAAAGCACUAUACAAAUUAACUUGACAUCUGUAAUUAGAGGAACCUACCUUGGCCUAGAAUACAUGAGAAAAGGAAAUGGAGGGGAUGGAGGAGUGAUCAUUAAUAUCUCAUCUUUGGCAGGACUCAUGCCUGCUGCAUUCCAACCUGUGUACUGUGCUACAAAGCAUGGUGUAAUUGGAUUCACACGGUCAAUAGCAUUAGCUGCUAACAUGGAAAACUACGGUGUGAGACUCAACACAAUUUGUCCAGGAUUUGUCAACACACCAAUUCUUCAGUCAAUAGAUAAAGAAGAGAAUAUGGGACAAUAUUAUUCAUAUAAGGAUGAGAUAAAAAAUAUGAUGCAGUUCUAUGGCGUGAUGGACCCAUCAGUAAUUGCUGAGGGACUGAUAACAAUAAUUGAAGAUGAUACUCUAAAUGGAGAAGUUAUGAAGAUUACAGCAUCCCAAGGGAUUCAUUUUCAACAAUACAGCCAAACACCUUUAACAUCAUCAAAGAGAUAAAUAAUUGGUUUAUGCUAGUUAUGUUGGGCUUUUCUGAAAUUUUGAAAAUAGUAAUUUUGGGAAAAAAGGUUGGUGUUGUACCUAAAGCAGUUACAGUGUUCAAACAUUCACAUCCUAAUAACGAAGAGAUGGACAAGAAAAUCUGGUGUGGGAAGAUGUUACCAUCCUAUUUUGAUUCUAUAAACUCUAAUAAUA